AUGGAUUACUCAGAGACUUUCAGUCCUGUAAUUAAGUCAACCACUGUUCGAAUGGUCCUUGAAGUCGCCGUGAAGAAAAAUUGGCAGAUUCAUCAAGUCGACAUCAACAAUGCUUUCCUCCAAGGCACACUGAAGGAAGAGGUUUACAUUACACAACCGUCGGGGUUUGUUGAUAAAGAUCGGCUACACUAUGUUUGUCGACUCAAUAAAGCGCUGUAUGGUCUUAAACAGGCGACUCGCGCGUGGUACCAGGAACUCAAAACGUUUCUCUUACAAGCCGGUUUUCGCAACUCCCUUGCUGAUACGUCCUUGUUUAUCUAUCACAAAGGCUCCGACUUCAUAUAUGUUUUGGUGUAUGUUGAUGAUAUUAUCAUUGCCGGUGCUCCAUCAUUGGUACAAGCAUUCAAUCUCGCGCUUGCAAAUCGUUUCUCUCUCAAGGACCUUGGUCCAUUGAGCUACUUCUUGGGUAUUGAAGCAACCAGAUCAUCAAAAGGCUUGCACUUAAUGCAACGCAAAUAUAUUACUGAUCUUCUCAUCAAAACUCGGAUGCUUGAUGCCAAGCCGGUCACCACGCCUAUGGUUUCAUCACCCAAGCUUACUCUUGAGUCAGGUACAACACUCACCGAUGCUAAGGAAUAUCGAGCAGUGAUAGGCAGUCUACAAUAUUUGUCUUUCACUAGACCUGACAUUGCCUUUGCUAUGAACAAGUUGUCUCAAUUCAUGCAUCAACCGACUGACAAACAUUGGCAAGCUGCAAAGCAUAUUUUGAGAUAUCUUGCUGGUACGAAGACUCAUGGCAUAUUCCUCCGGGCUGAUGUUCCACUUACGGUUGAUGCGUUUUCUGAUGUAGAUUGGGGCUGUGAUAAGACUACUUACACUUCUACCAAUGCGUACAUCAUUUAUUUUGGUGGGAGUCCUGUUUCCUGGUCGUCCAAGAAACAACGGAGCGUCUCUCGUUCUUCUACGGAGGCUGAAUACAGAGCGGUGGCGAAUGCGGCAUCGGAGCUCCGAUGGAUCUGUUCAUUGUUGACUGAGCUCGGCGUUCCGUUACCGGUAGCUCUUGUCCUCUACUGUGACAACAUAGGCGCCACGUAUCUCUGUGCUAAUCCUGUUUUCCACUCUAAGAUGAAACAUGUUGCCCUUGAUUACCACUUUGUGCGUGAGUUCAUACAGUCUGGUGUGUUACGUGUUACCCACAUCUCGAGCAAGGAUCAACUCGCAGACUCUCUUACUAAACCGCCACCACGUCCGCAGUUUGAAGAUCACAUUUACAAGAUUCUAGUUCGACCACUCCCUCCAUCUUGA